UGAACUGCUGGUGGAUCUGGAAAAAUACCUUUAUCUUUUAUGACUUAAGAAAUUAAAGAGAAAGUGAAAGUUUCCUGAUUAUAAAUGCACCAAAGCACCACUUCAGCACAUUUACUCAAACUAACACUGAAGCAGCGACAGGAACUUUGUAGUCGAUAUGGGAGUUCUCAGCAAACACUGGGUUCUCCUGGCAGCAGGUUCUAAAGGUUGGGAAGACUACAGGCAUCAGGCCAAUGUGUGUCACGCUUACCAAGUCGUGCACAAGAAUGGGAUUCCAGAUGAACAGAUUGUGGUGAUGAUGUAUGACGACAUCGCUUAUAAUGACAAGAACCCUGAUAAAGGUAAAAUCAUUAAUAAACCAAAUGGACCAGAUGUUUACACUGGGGUUCCAAAGGACUACACUGGAGAGGAUGUUUCAGCUGAAAACUUUCUGGCUGUUCUGCGUGGAGAUUCAUCUGCUGUCAAGAAAACAGGACCAAAAAAAGUCAUACAAAGUGGUAGAAAUGAUACUGUGUUCAUCUACUUAACAGACCAUGGAGGUGAUGGUUCCUUUAGCUUUCCAAAUUCCACACUUUAUGCAGAACGCCUUAUUAAGACAGUGACGACAAUGUCAAAGGAGGGCAAAUUUUCAAAGAUGGUGAUGUAUAUUGAAGCUUGUCAUUCUGGAUCAAUGCUGGAUCAGCUGAAGGACAGCAACGUGUAUGCAGUUGCAUCCUGCAGGCCUGAGGAAACCAGCUAUACUUGUUACCAUGACCGAAGAUUAAACACUUGGCUUUCUUCUGACUUCACUGCUUCCUGGCUACAUCACACAGAGACAGUAAACCUUAACACAACUUCAUUUGGAGAUCAGUUUUCCUACCUGAAGAAAAAAGUCAGUGAGACUAAGAAGAGUGACGGAAAAAUUCAGACGCCGUGUAACUAUGGUGACAUGAACAUAUGCAAUUUAAUGUUGAGUGAAUUUCUUGGUGAAUCACGCGACUCAUCCCAGACCCAGCUAACGUUCCAAAUGCAACUGUUGAGGCUGUUCGGCUGGAAUUAGGAGCCAUGGCUGUAGCUGAGCUUGGAAGAGUAUCAGCUGCCGCCGGUCCAGCUGAAGUUUGGCCUGGAGAUGGACACUGGUGUAAAAGUUACCCCUCUACAGCAGAACCGGAGUUUCUAGGGACUGGAGUGACAUUAAGCAGCACUUGGAAAUGAGCUUAAACUCAAACUAAAUUUUCUUUGUAAGAUUUUGAAUAUGAUUAAUAAGAUAAAAAGUAUAAAUUCUAGCACUUACUUUAAUUUUUGAUUAUUAAUUAUUUGCUUAUUCACCAACAAGAACAUUAGUGAGAUUAGACACUGAUGUCAGGUGAGGAGAUCUGGUGUUCAAUCAGAAUUCCAGUCCAUUUCAGAGGUGUUCAGUGGGGUUGAGGUCAGGGCUCUGUGGAUCUUCUGUUCUAACCCAGGUAAAUCAUGUCUUCAUGGACCUAGCUUUGUGUACAGGGACACUGUCAUGGUGGAACGUGUUUAAGCCUCUUGUCUAGUUCCAGUGAAGGAAACAAGGCUACAAUGCACACAAAGACAUUUUAUACAAUUUUGUGUUUACAACUUUGUGGCAACUCUUUGGAAAAUACCCACAUUGGGUGUGAUAUUUAUGUGUCCACAAACUUUUGGGAUGCAACGGCAGCUAUUCAAAGAUUUGACCACAAGAUGUCACUAAUGUGUACCGUGCUGAAAAGCUUCGAGUGAUGAAACACUUCACCAUACAGCUCAGUGGAAAACCUCGGGGCUUCACAAAGCUUCAUUCCACCCUCACAAGAACAAAGUCUAUUUUUAUACUUUUGCUAUAUGUCCAGCGCUAGGCUAACUUUAUCAUCAUCAGAUAUAUCAUAUAUCACAAGGCAUCCUGGUUAUACACUGAC